GCUAGCAAGCGGACAGGAUGGUUAACCUCAGCGCCAGCAUCUCUUGGUUAUGGCAGGCAGCCACCAGCACUGCUGGAUAGUGCCCUUCUGGGGCAUCCGUUUGGCUUUGCUGGACAGACAGCUGCAUUGGUUACAGGUCUGUGAGCUGCAGGGUGGGUCCCUCCUGCUGCUUUGGGGCAGCAAUGCUUAUCCAUCCGGGACAUGCUGGGAAAGCAACAGCUUCAAGAACCCCCAGUUGAUGGCAACCAAGCCUGGAGAUAGAGCUGCAGGUCCUCGUUCUAUCUGGAGCUAUGACGAGCUACGCCGUGCUAUCAGUCACCAAAAAGGAUGAAACAUUCAUAACAAAGGGGCAUAACCGAGCCAGAAUGGGACUGCGUGUCAACAAGAGCACUGUGAGGGCCCAAAGGCAGCACAGCUGAACGCAGCUCUGCAGUCGGAGUUCCAGGGCAGCUGCUCACAAAGCUCCAUCUCCUCUGCCCUACAUUUCCUGGGACACACGGAGCAAUCGCUGCUCUGGACCAACCUGAAGGAGACCGAAGCUAUUCUCGACUCGAGCUGGUUUUGAUAACCUACUUGUAUACUGAAAGACAGAUUACCUUACAACUGCAGAGGCGCCUCCUGAAGGCCUGCUGCCUUACAUAACUCAUCUGGCAGUUACUAUAGGAACAAACUUCCAAAGUUGCAGCUAUGAUGGGAAAAAUCACAUGGCAUUUUUGGACCUCCGAUUUACACCCGUUGCUAUACAGACACUCACCACAGACCCAGCUGGUAGAGAACAACAGCAUUAAAAUAGACACGGUUUGCCAAGAUGCCCUCUGCUCGGAGGAUUAUCUCUGUGACUCAGCUCUGCCUAUCUUCUCCUCCAGGAGAACUCGCAGUAAGUCUUUACUAAUCACAAACCAAUUGCAAUGUGGGUUUCUGAAGCCCAUUGCAGGUGAACAGAACUCAUCACCAUCCGCUGCUCUGCUCUCCCAUAGUGAUUAUUUUCAUCACACGUUUGUUUCAGACACUUACUCAAGGUGCUCCUCAGUAAAAGAGAACAUCUGUGAUUCAAUAGCCUUCUGAUGGAGGACCUGAGUCACAGCAGGAUUUAUUGGGUAUCUGCAACAUGUAUUACAUGAAUGCUCGCUCGGUGGACUGACCCAGCUGCUCUUUGUUGGAGGUCCCCGCUCCCUAAUGGACACACACAGCUUCUCAUCCCCACAGCUUCCAUUCCUACCCCAUGUUUCACCACUCCUCGUGGGCCUCAAAGUCCCAUCCCUCUUCCAGGUACAACAACUUGAAUGGUUAGCUCAGGGUUCAGGCUGCGUUCAGCAACAAAUCCAUCAAACCACUGCAGCUACGAGGAGAGGGCAAUCCGGGCACGGAACCACAGCUCCCCUAAGAGAAGAGGAGGCUGAAGGGGUGAGGAAACAGUCAGCACAGCAGAGCAGCUGCACGGCUUGGUGAGCACUGCUCACUGGGGCUCCCUGUGCAGGAAUGGACCGUCCUGGGUGUGAGCAGCCCAGUGGGUGGGAAGGAGGGGAGAGCAGAGGGGAAUGCUUUGGGAGAAGGAGAGAAUCCAACAGCAUUAGCUCUGCGUUGCACAGGUCCAGCACAGAGAUUCAGAGUCAGAAACACGGAGAAGAACCCCGCUUGCUGAAGUGUUACUCAACACGAGGCAGUUCCUGGUUACUGGAAGGCUCUUAGGUCACAUCCCAUUUCUGGAUUGCACCACAUCCCUCCUGCAGCCACGUCACUGCCCGGCCCUGGGCUCACCCUCACGUUCAGCAGUUCGGCAUCUGACAAUUGCCAAUGCAGUCACACACUGACAUCUCACACACGUGGCACAGCAGCUCUGUACCAACGUGCCAACAGAAGGGAUCCCACACUCCAACAGCUUCUUCCUCUCGUAAGGCAUUACACUCGAGCAUCACAGAGCAACAAAGGCCUUCAGAUUAUGAGGAUGGUGGUAACUCAGCCCCUCCAGCUUUAGGUCAGACACUCACCCAUGCUGUGCCAAGACUCCGUGCUUCUGAGCAGGGCUACUGGGAUCCUGAGAGUGCUCAGAGCAGCACGUGAAAACACACCUGUCUGUUCUCUUUUGGUCACAUCACCCUCUGCUCCCACAGUCAGCAUCAACAGAAGCUUUGCAACACAAAGAGGAAGAAGCAUGCUACACACCCGGCCCCACUUCCUCCAAAACAAGAGCCUCUAACCACAGCACACUGUUUGUUGCUGCAGAAGCAGAACCUCCCUGUGCUCAUUUCCCACUUUUGCUGCCUUUAUUUCACCUCCAACAACUCACACAUGGGCAGCACUGAGGAGCCCAUAGGGAGAGCCCACUGGGAGCCAAACUCGAACAACAACACAGAGGGUCUGUGGGGGUAUAUACAGUUACUGCAGCUGGCGCCGCAGGUACCAAAACCUCAUUUAGUUCUCUAUAUAGAGGUAGGAAAAAAAUACAGUAAUGAAACCCAGCAAGCAGUUAGGUCAUUGGGAACACGCAUAAUGGAAGUGUGGGUGGCAUCUGAACAGGCUCUGCUGUGUGUCAUGCGAGCUCUGAAAUGCUCAGAUCAGGCAGCAAAUCACUAUGAGAUGCAGGAAGCUCAGCACAGCAGCACAGCCAAGGCUCACAGUAAGUGCUUCCCCAGGCACUGAGCGAGCUGCAGGGCUCCUGUCCUGCCUUCCCUGCAGCGAGGCUCAAGCAGAAGUCCCAGAGACAAAGCGGGGAGCCGCAGCAGAGCAUGGAGGGCUGCAGAGCUGCAGGAGGGCAGUGGGAAGCGACCCUGCCAGGAAGGCCUCAGUGCAGCAGCAGUCCGUUCCCCCAGGCAGCUCCCAGGUGCUUUCCGAGCCACAAGCAGCUCCCAGCUUUGGUGGUAAUGUUUAACUGUACACUGACAUAUGCAUUAGUGACUGAUACGCUGCACAUCCAGGAGAGGCUGCAUCACCGUACCGAAGCCAGUCAGGAGUUGAUAAGAGGAUCUGUUCCCACACUGUGUAUGUUGCCUCACAAGCUGUGAUAAGACGGCCGUGUGUGCCCUUGGACCAGCACAGGAGCCAAGAGAUAAGAGAUGCACAGCAAGGGGCACGCUGCUCGCUGCCAGCACUCCCACGUCCAACCGAUACGGAGCAGCACAGCCAGGUGUGAGGCUGCCAAACCACACCGCAGCCCACUGCCGGGGGGACACCGAGCGUUGGGGUUCCCCCCCGGGCAGCACACAGAGCCCGACGGGAAGCAGAAGGGCCACCGGAGCGGGCGGCUCACCUUCCAGCAGGGCUCUGCAGCUGUUAGAGGGCACUGCAGCAAGCAGACACGCACCUCGAGCUCCUUACAGCCCAUACGGAGCCGCAGCCCCCCCAGACCCUUAGAGCUGCUCAGUGAAUGGGGUUUCCAGCAGGCAUCACGUGAACCCUUUUGCUGCAGGAAAGCGAAGCACUGCACCGCACAGCGGGGAGCAGAACAGCGCCCGGCACAGGGCGGCCCCUCCUGCCUUCCGCCCGGCCGCGGGGCAGCCUGUGGGGGCUGCAGUAUUCGCUUUAGGGGCUUUCUGUGUGUGUGUGUGUGUGUGUGUGUGUGUGUGUGUGUGUGUGUGUGUGUGUGUGUGUGUGAGUGGGGGGGGAUUUCUCCUUUUUUCUUCUUCCCUCCUUUUUUCCUCCUCCUCUUUCCCUUUUAGCCCUGGGAUGCCGCUUGUUUCGGAGACCAUUCCCCCUUUUCUCUUCCGCAUUCUCCGCUGUUUCCCUCCCCGCCCCUCUCAUCCCCUCCACCCGUCGGGACGCCCCGAUCCCCGCGGCCCGGCAGCACCGCAGGGCCCGGCGCAGCGCAGCCGCCGAUGUCCGGUACCUUUGGCCUGGCAGUCGGCGCAGUACUUGUUCUCCUCCUCGCUCAGCAGGCUGCCCAGCACCGCCUGGUACCGCUCCACGUCGCGCACCGAUUUCCCCGUCAUGGCGCGGCCGCCGCUGCCCGCCCGCGGGUCACGGCGCCGCCGUCCCGGGCACCCGCCACUUCCUGCUUCCGGCCGGCGUUGUGGGCGGGGCGACGGGGAGAGGAGCCAAUGGCAGGCGGCGGAGGAGCUUUAAGGCCGCCCCUCGUUACGUCACUCUCAUCGCUGGCGUUGAUUCGCUUGAGUCCGACACUUACAGCCCCGCUCCCGGCCAUGGCCCACCGCAGCUCCGCGCUCUGCCUGCUGCUCCUUCACGCUGCCUGCCUCUGCCUGGCCCAGCUCCGGGGGCCACCAGGAGAGCCCGGCCCACGAGGGCCCCCAGGUCCGCCAGGAGUGCCGGGAGCGGAUGGCAUUGAUGGUGACAAAGGCUCUCCCGGAGCCCCCGGCUCCCCAGGUGCCAAAGGGGAGCCCGGAGCCCCGGGUCCGGAUGGGCCUCCAGGGAAGCCAGGCUUAGACGGUCUUACGGGAGCCAAAGGGGAGCCGGGGCCCAUGGGGGGGGCAGGACUGAAGGGUCAGCCUGGACUGCCGGGGCCGCCGGGGCUCCCGGGCCCCUCGCUGCCAGGACCACCCGGGCUGCCAGGCCAGGUCGGACUGCCCGGGGAGAUCGGAGUGCCAGGACCCAAGGGCGAUCCUGGACCCGAUGGCCCACGGGGCCCCCCAGGUCCCCCAGGGAAACCCGGCCCCCCAGGACACAUCCAAGGAGUGGAGGGAAGCGCAGAUUUCUUGUGCCCGACCAACUGCCCGCCAGGUCCCAAGGGCCCCCAAGGACUGCAGGGACUGAAGGGACACAGAGGUCGGCCCGGUGCCCUGGGGGAGCCUGGCCAGCAGGGCAAGCAGGGCCCCAAGGGUGACGUCGGUGUCUCCGGAGAGCAAGGUGUCCCAGGCCCUCCAGGGCCGCAGGGCCAGCGGGGGUACCCGGGGAUGGCGGGACCCAAAGGAGAGACGGGUCCUGCUGGCUACAAGGGGAUGGUGGGGACCAUCGGUGCAGCCGGGCGGCCGGGCAGGGAAGGCCCUAAGGGACCUCCGGGGGAUCCAGGCGAGAAGGGAGAGCUGGGCGGCCGCGGCAUCAGGGGACCCCAGGGGGACAUCGGCCCCAAAGGGGAGAAUGGUCUGCCUGGCAUCGAUGGCAAGGACGGCACGCCGGGCAUCCCGGGUGUGAAGGGCACUGCAGGACAGCCCGGCCGCCCAGGGCCCCCGGGACACCGUGGACAAGCUGGCUUGCCGGGCCAGCCGGGAAGCAAAGGUGGCCCAGGAGACAAGGGUGAGGUGGGAGCUCGGGGGCAGCAAGGCAUCACCGGAGCCCCGGGGCUGAUGGGUGAGCCCGGCCCCCGGGGCGAGCAGGGACCGCAGGGCGUCCCUGGGCUGAAGGGUGACCGGGGGGAACGCGGCCCUGUGGGAGCCCCCGGGGAGCAGGGCAGAGCGGGGCCCAAAGGUGAACAGGGCCCCCCAGGGAUCCCGGGACCCCAAGGCUUGCCAGGAGUCAAAGGAGACAAGGGCUCCCCAGGAAAGACCGGUCCCAAAGGCAGCACUGGAGACCCCGGUGUCCACGGCCUCGCAGGGGUGAAGGGUGAGAAGGGUGAAUCUGGAGAGCCAGGACCAAAGGGACAGCAAGGCAUCCAGGGCGAGCUCGGUUUCCCCGGGCCCUCGGGGGACGCGGGCUCACCUGGUGUGAGGGGCUACCCAGGUCCUCCUGGCCCACGGGGGCUGCUGGGGGAGCGUGGUGUGCCGGGGAUGCCGGGGCAGCGCGGCGUUGCAGGACGGGAUGCCGGGGACCAGCACAUCAUUGACGUGGUGCUGAAGAUGAUGCAAGAGCAGCUGGCGGAGGUGGCUGUCAGCGCCAAGAGAGCCGCCCUGGGGGGGGUCGGUGCCAUGGGCCCCCCCGGACCUCCAGGGCCUCCAGGGCCGCCUGGGGAGCAAGGCCUCCACGGACCCAUGGGACCUCGGGGCGUUCCCGGCCUCCUGGGUGCCGCCGGGCAGAUCGGCAACAUCGGACCCAAAGGGAAGCGUGGGGAGAAGGGUGAGCGGGGAGACACCGGCCGUGGGCACCCGGGGAUGCCGGGUCCGCCAGGGAUCCCAGGUCUCCCCGGCAUCCCCGGCCAUGCACUGGAUGGCAAGGAUGGGGAGCGGGGCCCACCUGGUGUCCCAGGGGAUGCUGGGCGCCCGGGGUCCCCCGGCCCUGCAGGGCUGCCGGGUUUCUGUGAGCCAGCUGCCUGCCUGGGGGCUUCUGCCUACGCCUCGGCACGGCUGACGGAGCCGGGCGCUGUCAAAGGGCCGCUGUACUGACCUCACCACCAGCAAACACUGCAAACCCACGGGAAGGCACCUCCACGGCCCACAGGGGGGACCCACACGGCACGGCGGCGUGGGGAAGGACAGAGGGACCUCCACCCCCCCCCCGUGCCCAUCCCACAGAAAUAAAGCGGCUCUGAUCCAAACCCUCUGGCGGUGCUCAGUCCUUUUGGGGCCGGAGGGGCUGUCGCUGAUUUCCUGCUCCUAUUUGAUUGUUUUUUUAACGACAACAAAAUGGUGGUGGGACUAUUGAAGACGUGCCGGCGCUUUGUUGGCUGCUGGGCGCUCGCACGGAUGUAAAUCUUUGUAAGAUGGGAUUUGUUUUUAUGAACCACGCCUCGAAAAUCACCAGCUCCUUAACGACAACACCAACAGACAAUAAAGCUGAGAUGGAUCGUGA